AUGCUGUCGCGAGCCGCCGCGCGCCCAGCAGCAAGUCUCCGAGCGGCGACCCGCGCGGCCCCGUCUACGCUUCGACCGCGGAGUCUACCUGUCAUCUGGAGUCGGGGUAUGACAAAGAACAACAAACCGCAGCCAGCGCGAUUCGCGACAUCACCAAACCAAGCCGCACAAAAGCCGUCACAGCCACCACCCAGCAGUUCCAAACCUACCCCCGAACCUCCGAAAGAGCCCGCUCAUCAACAGGCGGACGACGCUGCCGCCCCCCAAGAACCAAGUGAACAACCGAUACCAGACCUCUCCAAGCUUCCCAACCUCACACAAGGCAUCCCAUCGACGCUCGAAUAUGAAACCUCGGGCGCAACUAACAAGUCUGCGCUGGCCGCCAUUGAGGAGGAAGUGGCCCAAAAGGCUGGGAGUGGAGGGGGUCGAGGCAAGGGCGAGCUGCCCGCGUCAGCGUACGUCUCAUCGACAGAACGCCGCCGCCAGAAGCUCACAUUGUGGGCCCUCGGCUUCACUGGUCUGUCCGCCGUCGUUGGUGUGGCGUACCUUGGCAGAGAUUGGGACGAGGAUGAACUGUCAAAGAACCCCGAGGUGCCCAACGGCUGGGACAUUGGUCUUUGGUGGAAGCGCGCCAUGGCCCGUAUGGGCGAUACCGUGACGUACUACCAGGAACCAGCCUUCGAAAAGCUCCUCCCCGACCCCGAUCCGUCCUUUGAGCGACCCUACACACUGUGUAUCAGCUUGGAGGACAUGCUAGUGCACAGCGAGUGGUCGCGAGACCAUGGCUGGCGGGUGGCGAAACGCCCAGGCGUGGACUACUUCUUGCACUACCUCAGCCAGUAUUACGAGAUCGUCCUCUUCACCACCGUCCCGUUCGCCAAUGGGGAACCCCUGGUGCGCAAGCUUGACCCGUACCGUUUCAUCAUGUGGCCGUUAUUCCGCGAGGCCACCAAGUACAAGGACGGUGAAAUCAUCAAGGAUCUGUCAUAUCUCAACCGCGAUCUGUCAAAGGUGAUCGUCAUCGACACCAACGCCAAGCACGUGCGCGAGCAGCCCGAAAAUGCCAUCAUUCUGCCCAAGUGGACUGGAGACCCCAAGGACAAGGAGCUGGUGUCUCUGGUCCCGCUCCUCGAAUUCAUCCACACAAUGCAGUACGACGAUGUGCGCAAAGUCAUCAAGUCCUUUGAUGGCCACCACAUCCCCACCGAGUUUGCCCGCCGGGAAGCUCUUGCUCGCGCGGAGCACAACAAACGGGUCCAGGCCAAGUCCUCCCGCGGAAGUGGCAUGAGCUGGCUCAGUAGCCAUCUCGGCCUCAAGCCGAGUAACAUGAGUCUGAUGGUGGCUCCCGAGGGGGAAGAGAACCCCCAGGAGGCGUUCGCCAAGGGAAAGAUGUUGCAGGAUAUCGCGCGUGAGCGCGGCAUGCGAAACUAUUUGAUGCUCGAAGAGGAAAUCCGCAAGAAUGGUGAGAAGUGGCUCAAGGAGGAACAAGAAGCCAUGGAGAAGGCCCAAAAGGAGGCCAUGAAGAGCAUGAAGUCGUCUUUUUUCGGCUGGUUCACCCCGCCGGAAGAACAGAAGGGUGGGAGCCCCAGUAACAGUGAAACCAAGCGCAACUAA